CCACAAUGCCGUCGUAAUGACGCACGCAGUAGACGUUCAGUGGGGGGAAACCAUGACAGUCUGUCAGCACAAUUGCAUGCUUGGAAUUUUAGCCACCGACUUUUGCUCUUGAAGACCGUGGAGCCAGAAGGCUGAAAUGACUGCGAGAGUGAGCAACAUGAAGCCCGGCAGCUAACUUUUGCAACGCAGACACCGGGGCUGUUUGAGAUAUUUAUCCCAGCGACAGCAGCGACAGCCCAGGGUUGCCAAACAACAAGCAUCAUUCAGUGUCAGCCAGCCGUAGCAACUGGAGCUGUUGGGCGCCUCGUCCCUGCUUCACUGACCGCUCAUUCCUGCUUCAACCUCAAGUCAACAAUGUCUGCGGACCCCCUUCCUGAACACCCGGUCUGCAUUGGUGAUUUGGAGUCCGACAUCUUAAAAUCAAAGCACCUCUUCAAAAAACCCUGACUGCCGGCAUCCGUGAAGCGUCAGCUUCCCUCUGGUUCUACUUCCUGGCACCUGCUGUUGCUCAACACUUUCUCACCCCCUCUUCAGUGUUGAGAAAUGAAAAUGAAUUGAAAUGUGAAGCAGUUUCUGUGUUUAGAGAAACUCAUUUAGUUACAUGGAGAUCAGGCAAGCACAUGUCCUGCUGGAAUUAACUUAAGUAAGCCACUGAAUACACAGCAGCUCUGUGUGUGCUUUGUAGCCAACUUUGGCCUCUGACUUCUCUGGAAACAGACAACAGGAAAAAGAUAUUCCCUGCAGGACUCAAACAACCACUAUCAAAUUAUUGCUAUAUCCGCAUUCAAGAAAAGACUUUAAUCCUCAGACCGGGUCUCUCCAGCUCUCCCUCCCCUUUGCCACCCACAGUACCAUGCUGGGUGCACUUCUGCGGAGGAACAUGUCCCAGAAGCUGAGUGUGCUGCUGCUUGUAUUUGGCCUGGCGUGGGGACUUAUGCUGCUACGCUACACUGUGCAGCAGCCUCGCCAUCAGAGCAGCGCCGAGCUACGCGAGCAGAUCCUGGAGCUCAGCCGGCGAUACGUGAAGGUCCUGACAGAGGAGAACCAGAAUGCACCAGGUGGACCGCAGGGAACUUCUAUGGCUGGUUACGCUGAUCUGAAGCGGACCAUAGCUGUGUUACUUGACGACAUCCUGACACGGCUGGUCAAACUGGAGGGGAAAAUCGAUCUGGUGGUCAAUGCCUCCUCAACUAACACCUCCCAUACAGCAGAGGGCGUCCUUGCCUCUGCUUCUGCUGCUCUACAAAAAUCCUCAAAGCAAGAGACACCUGGCAGCCACCAAGGGACAUCACGCCUUCACCCACAUGUUCCUAAUAAGCUUCGGCCACAUCAAGGAGUAUAGUCUUAAUAGAUGUAUUGAUUUUUUUUUUUUUUCAGCACAUCACACUUUUCCAGCGUUUAUCACUGAUGUAACAGCGUCAGAAAAAUGAAAAGCAAUAGUGAGACGAGGACAUCCAGAAACUUCAAGUUUAAGAUGCGUCUCAGAAAUGUUCAGCCAACUCAGAGGGAAGAAGGAAGACUUCUUAAUGCUCUGUCCUAUCAUAUGCUGAUAUUUAUUUAUUUUUUAUCAAGACUAUCCAGCACAUGUUUUUAUAUUUGCAUUGCUGAAUUUUCUUUGGCUUAAGUUUUAGCAUUUUUUUAAUGAUGCCAUAUUUGAAUCUGUGACUGUUUAAAGCAAAUGCAAAGAGGUUGAAAACCCUCUUGGAACUGAUUCUCAUAUGCUUUAUUAUAAAAAUCAUUUUAAAUGCCCCGCAAUCCAUUGUAAACUAUUUUACAAUACUGCUUCAACAUAUCAAGAUGCUGAACUAAACCGUAGUAGUUGAUACUUAGGACAGCUUAUAUAGCUGUGUAGCUCAGAUCAGUUUUUAGCUGACUCAGUUGCUAAAUACUGCACAAGAAGAUUCUACUUUUAGCGUGCACAUAUAGUUUUAAGGAUAAUAAUUAAAUAAGUCUAUUUCACUCGUAAGAGAUAAUCCAAAGAAUGUCAUUUGCACUCCGUCUGAAGGGAGUAUAAAUGUGUGUUCACAGGUUUAUGCAGAAUACGAUGGGAUGAUGCCCAUUUGCCACUGAGAACAUGAAUGUGUGUGUGCUUUGUGUUGGUUGAACUCCAAUGGUUCUCCCUUGCCUGGUCUUGAGAAAUGUUUUAAUGUGGGCGUGGAACAGAUUGAAUGUACUGUGUAGUCAGUCUUUAGCGCUGCAUUGCUGUUGAGAUGACUGACAUACUGCUUACACAUGUUCAGGGUUCAAGUUACACUGUGACUCUAUCGAGAAUUUCUAAAAAUACUGGGUGCAUCCAACUUUGACUUAAGGAUAUUUUAGGGGUCUGCUUUGUCAGGCUCUGUAAUAUUCAAUCUGCCAGGCUCUCUGCCGGUCCAAAAACACCCUACACCGUCCUGCCCAGAGGAAGAAAAUCUUAAAUUUUCUCAUUAACAUGAUGACAGAAGAAAAGGUUGUAUGAGACAGUGUGGGUGGCAUAUGAUGAACGAAAUUCAUGAUGUUGCUCCUCAGACAAAAAAUAACUAUAUGAAGGAGGUAAGGCUGAAUUAUCCAACUGUGGUCUGACUGUAUGUACACUGAAAAAUGCCAUAAAUGUACUUUGCUUCAUAAUGCUUAAGAAGAAAAGAUGGUGAGCCAGUCAGCUCCUGGGAGAUAGCUUUACUAAUAAAAUGACCUCAUGGUUAAAUUA